AUGACCACAGCAUUCAACUCCGCGGCUCUCGCCCUGGCUUCCGCCGCAUUGUACAUACUGUAUGCGCUCUUCAUUGGAAGGUCGAAACGGCCCGAUCUACCUCCGGGACCUCCGCACAUCCCAAUUCUGGGCAACGCACAUCAGCUCCCACAGCUCGACCAGCACAAGACCUUCAUGGAAUGGGCAGUUCGAUACGGUAACAUCGUCUAUGCCGAGUUCUUCACUCAGCCCGCCAUCAUUAUCAGCUCCACCAAGGUUGCGUAUGAUCUCAUGGAAAAGCGCGGUGCUCGAUACUCCAACCGACCGCGAUUCGUGCGAAUCAACGAGAUGAUCGGCUGGACCGGAAACAUGGGCUUCAGACAAUAUGGUGACGAGUGGAAGCGACACAGGAAGUGGUAUCAGCGCGGCAUUAUUGCCAGAUCCGCUGUGAAUAGCUAUCAGCCAAUUGCACUCCGUCAAGUGCGUCACUUGCUUCACGACCUUCUUCGAACUCCGAACGACUUCAAGUCUCAUCUGAAGCGGUUCUCUGCAUCUUUGAUCUUCGAGAUGGGUUAUGGUCACACCAUACAAUCGCUUGACGGCGAUGAGUUCAUGAAGUCGGUGCAAGGCGGGAUACGGGAAGCUCUCAGUGGGAGCGGAUCUGGCUCGGCAAUGGUGGAUGUCUUCCCGAUCCUGAAGUUUGUCCCUGCGUGGAUGCCGGGUGCAGGGUUGAAGCGGGCGACUCUGACGGCUAGGGACGCUAUCACGGCCAUGGAGGACAUACCCCAUAACGCGGUCAAGGCCGAUAUGGCCGCUGGCGUGGCCAAGCCCUCGUUGACGACAUUCAUGAUACAAGACUGCAUGAAUAGAGGACCACUUACCAAAGAAGACGAGAGCGACAUCAAGGGCGUUUCGGGAACUUUCGGGAACUUUUCGUUGACAAGCAUGAUUGUCUUUGUCCUCGUCAUGACGCAAUAUCCCGAAAUCUUUGAGAAGGCUCAACAAGAGUUAAUCAGUGUCGUUGGCGAAAACCGGUUACCUGACCUCGGCGAUAGGGCAUCACUACCGUACCUCGAAUGCGUCAUCAGAGAGGUGUAUAGAUGGUGUCCUGCACUCCCAACGGCCCUCCCGCAUCAGUCAGCGGACGAUGACAUAUAUAACGGCUACUACAUUCCGAAGGGCGCAAUGAUCGUACCGAAUAUAUGGGCGAUGUUCCGGGAUCCCGAAGUGUACCCAGAGCCUGAUAUAUUCAGACCUGAGCGAUUCCUUGGCCUGCGUCUAGACGGAGAGUCAGAUCUGCGAGACCCCAAGAAGGUUGUGUUUGGGUUCGGACGGAGGAUAUGUCCAGGGCGAUACUUCGCUGACAACAACGUAUGGCUCGCAGCGGCGAAUAUCACCGCAACAAUGAACAUAUGCAAGGCACUGAAUUCACGCGGCGAGGAAAUUACGCCUACUCCAGAGUUUCUCAGCGGGAUAGUUAUUCAUCCUGAACCUUUUGUCUGCAAUAUCCACCCGCGGUCAGAAGAAAUUCGACAGCUGAUCAUUGACAGCCUGAACGAUACAGGCUGUUGA